GCUCAUGAACGGUUCGAAGAACCCAAGCUGGAGGCUGUUAGUGAGAACAACAUGGAGCUGGUCCAGGAUAUCCUGAAGGAGCUCAGCCCCCUGGCGCAGAGAAGCCAGGCAGCCGACGAGCUCGCACGCAUCCUGAAGGAGCCUCACUUUCAGUCCCUUCUGGAGACGCAUGAUUCUGUUGCAUCCAAAAACUACGAGACCCCUCCCCCCAGCCCCUGCUCGUUCAUGGACGCAGCCCUCAACAAUCAGCCAGUUCCGCCGGAUGCCGUCAGGAUGGUUGGAAUCCGUAAGGUGUCUGGUGAACACCUGGGAGUGACUUUUAGAGUGGAGAGUGGCGAACUGGUGAUUGCCAGGAUUCUUCAUGGAGGCAUGAUUGAUCAGCAAGGUCUGCUCCAUGUGGGGGACAUCAUCAAGGAGGUGAAUGGGAAGGAGGUGGGGAACGACCCCAAAGUGCUCCAAGAGAUGCUGAAGGAGGCGAGCGGCAGCGUGGUGCUGAAGAUCCUGCCAAGCUACCAGGAGCCCCACACAGCAAGACAGGCUUUUGUGAAGUGCCACUUUGAUUAUGAUCCAAGCAACGACAACCUGAUUCCCUGCAAGGAGGCAGGCCUCAGCUUCAGCAGUGGGGACAUUCUGCAGAUCUUUAACCAGGAGGACCUCAACUGGUGGCAGGCCUGUCACAUAGAAGGGGGCAGUGCGGGCCUGAUUCCGAGCCAGCUCCUUGAGGAAAAAAGAAAAGCAUUUGUGAAGAGAGAUCUGGAGCUGGCUACCACAGGUCCUCUGUGUGCAGGGAUGGGUGGUAAGAAGAAAAAAAAGAUGAUGUAUUUGACUACAAAGAAUGCAGAGUUCGAUCGGCAUGAGCUGCGGAUCUACGAGGAGGUUGCAAAAGUCCCGCCCUUCAGAAGGAAGACGCUGGUUUUGAUUGGAGCGCAGGGGGUCGGUCGCCGCAGCCUGAAGAACAAGCUGCUGGUGUCAGACACCCAGCGCUAUGGCACCACCAUACCCUUCACUUCCAGAAAACCCAAGGUUGAUGAGAGAGAUGGCCAGAUGUACUCUUUUAUGAGUCGUAACGAAAUGGAGUGCGAUAUCAAAAACGGGCGUUUCUUGGAGCAUGGCGAGUAUGACAGCAACCUGUACGGCACAAAGAUAAACUCCAUUCAUGAGGUGAUAGAAACAGGAAAGAUCUGCGUCCUGGAUGUCAACCCGCAGGCUCUCAAAAUCCUGCGGACGUCGGAAUUCCUGCCCUACGUCGUGUUCAUUGAAGCCCCAGACUUUGAAGUCCUCAAAGCAAUGAAUAGGUCAGCAAUCGAGUCGGGAGUGGUCACGAAACAGCUGACGGACUCCGAACUAAAGAGGACGGUUGAUGAGAGCGAGCGCAUUAAGAGGGCGUACGGACAUUACUUUGACAUUUGCAUUGUAAAUGACGGCCUGGAGGCGACGUUCCGAAGUCUACGCUUGGCGCUGGAGAAACUGUUAACGGAGCACCAGUGGGUGCCCGUCAGCUGGGUGUUUUGAGAGUCCCUGACAGCUCCCCACCAAUAAGUCAGACUCACAUGGUCGGGGGAAUAUUUAUCAUCGGAGCUGAACGUUGUAAAUCAGAGCAAAUGACCAGCCUCAUGUAGAGCAUUUUUUGUACAAACUUAGUGUUCCUCUGUUGAGCCCAAUGUUGAGUUGCAUCUUCUUUGUCAGGGCUCAGAAAGAUUCUUUUGAUGUUUGUUGGGAAGGAUUUAGAGCUGCUUAUGAGGUGUAGUGCAAUAGUGUGAGUGAGUGUGUGUGCGUUAUCAUAUAGAUUAAUGGAUCUGUUUCGUAAGUAACAGUGCUCGGUUUGGAGGUUUUUGGGGAAGGACAUUUUCAGCCUUUACAAAUCUUAAAUACUUUAUGUAGUGUAAUGUUUACAUUAGAUCAGUAGGGCGGGUUGAGGAAAGAUACCAAAUGUCAUGUUUAUAUUGAAUACUAUAGUUUGCCAUUUGAACACAUGGUAUGAUUGCAUGUGUUCAGGAAAUCUGUUUGAUUGUGAGCGUCACCUCUGAUUUGAAAAUGAAACAGCAAUAGGUCAUAUUGAAUAUACAUGCAAUACAUUUACUGAUACACUCCAAGAUGUUCACACACUCGCAAGGAUAUAUUCAGACACACAAAUAGAGUAGUGAAAUUUCCUCAUUAAUGCUACUGUCUCAGCUCCUUCUACCUUUCUUUUUAGCUUUUAUUACUAUGAGCGUUUUCUGUCCUUUGCUGGACAUGUUUCGGUUUAUUUGACGGGGAGAAUCAAGUCCAGUGAAUCAUAGUGUCUCACAAGUACCAGCUUUAUUCUGUUGGGUGUUUUAUUUGUAGCACUAAGAACAUUUCAGCCCUAACAAUGAAACCAGAAGAUACCUAAACAAGUAGCCUAGACCAGAUUAUGCAUCGUUAUAAUGAAGGGAAAUCCUAAAAGUUAAUAUUACACGUCAGAAAUUUGAUGGAAUUCUUUUUCAAUAUACUGACGUACCAACCGCAAACCAAAUUACCAGUGGCUUCGAUUUUAUGCUUACUUUUGCCUUAAUAUGGUUAAAAAGCCAAGGAAACACUUUUUUCCAUCGUGUAAAAUUUCUCUUUCUUUGUCCAUGUUCCUUCUUAGAAAAAAACAACUUGGUGACAUUAUUUAUUUAAUCUUUCUUUGAACCUGUAAGUACUGUCUUGUAAUUAAGAGUGUCUAGUUUAACAUGGAGAAACACUACAUGAACUGCCGGUGUGUAGAUGCUGUUCAACAGUUGCCCGGCUUAUUUGGUCUUCAUGAAAAAAAAAAAAAAAGUCAAAUUGUAACAGAUCAAACUAUUGUUUCACUUUUUACAAUCAAUCAACAUUUUUUUUAAUUGAAAGUCGCAACAUCAUAUCAAACAAUAAAAACAAUAUUUUAAAAAUACACAG